AUGGCUGAACCUCAGGUCACGCCGGUCACACCGGCACCGACACAGUCAUCCUCACAGAGGGGCACUUCAAACUCAAACAGGAGAGGCAGAUCCGGCCGGGGAAGAGGCCGAGGAGCGCAUAACAGAGCUCUCGCUCAUGGAAGCGGAGGACCACCGCGGUCGAGCGGCAAUGCUGACCCAGCCACCGCACAAAACCCAAGCAUGCCCGCCGAGGAGAGGCCUUCUAGCUCAGUAGAGCCCAGAAUUGCAACCUCAAGAGGCAGGGGGGAUAGGAGGGGCGGGAGGCGAGGAGGCAGGGGAGGCCAGGCUGGCCAGGGAACCCAGAUUGCUCCUCGCAGAGCAUUCGGCGGGCAUCUGUCAUCUGCAGUGGAUCAAGAAGCUGCAACAUCUCUUAGUGCCGAUGCUCCUUCCUUCGUCCCAGGCCAGCCCAUAUCACAGAGGGAGAGGCGACCGCCCAAGUCGAAGCCACAGGAUGCGCCAAAACCCCUCCCCAGAAGAGCAUCCAAGUCUGAGGCGCCAGACUUGACGACUCGUAUCCACGAGGACAUCGAUAAUGGACAGUACGAAUGCGUCAUCUGCUCAUCUGAAGUCGUUCGGACGUCACCUGUAACGAGGUUUGCGGAGAUUUACUACCCUGUGGAGAGCAUUUCUGCAGUCAAACUUGUCAUCCUGGUCUUUGCGGGUCUUGCAGUGUCCCAGUGCUUUCGACCUGCUACUGUGUUGCAGGCCGAUUCCACAGGAGAGCCCGAUGAUCCCACCGGCACCUGGUAUGAAGGCUCAUUCGCAUGCGAGCAAGGCUGCGGGCGGAAAUACGACUGCGACUUCCACACAAACACUUCUGUGAGCAACUCUGCCAUCGAGGAAGUUGCAACUCCUGCCUCGAGGCAAUAUUUGAGGAAAUUAGCUGUGCUUGCGGUCGCACACGGCUCUAUCCUCCUCAGCCAUGUGGUACGCAGCCUCCUCAAUGUUGAGCACCAGUGCCACCCGGACGACGUGGACUGUCCAAAAUGCCCGUUCCUGGUCGAAAAGCGAUGCAUCUGCGGCAAAGAGAUCCUGAAGAACCAGCCAUUUUGCACGCAUGUCAAAAUCUUUGCCAUCGAGAAGAAACGGAACCGACAGCUUGCCGAAGCGCUCAAUGUCGACCCAGAUCACACGGAUGAUCACAUUCCCUACCAGGCCGUCACGCUCAAGCUCUUCCGGGACAACACCCAGUGGGGCCAGACGCAGGAGCGUGAGUUCCGCGUCUUCGCCGAGUCGAACCUGCGCAACAUGCGGUUCAAACCCAUGAAGUCGUACCAGCGGCAAUUCUUACACGCACUGGCGGAGGAUUUUGGUUUGGACUCCGAGAGCCAGGAUCCCGAGCCCCACCGACAUGUCAGCAUCUUCAAGGGCCCGCGCUUCGUGUCCGCCCCGAAGAAGACACUGAUGCAGUGCGUGCGGAUCGCCAAGGCAGCCGCGCCAGCACGUGCAGAGGCACCCACGAAGCCCGCCCAGCAGCCGUACAACGCCCUGCUGCUGUCGAGGCCGAAAUUCGGCCUCACCAUCGAGGAGCUGGACUCCGCUCUCGCCGCCGACCUAGCCUCCGCGGUCCCAGCAGAGCACAAGAACAACCUCGCCUUCGCGACCAGCUUCCUCCCUACGGACGAGGUCCUCAUUAAAGCCACGACUAAGACGAUCGCCGCGACCAUAGCCUCGGGGACCCUGACCCCGGCACAGGUGGAGUCGCUCCUCGCCACGCUCAAGCCAAAGGUCGCCAAGGCCAUUGCGGCCGGCGGCCUGGCCGGCGGGGUGGUUCUGUGCACGGCCGACGCCACCUCGCUCCACGUCCUGCGGCGCGAAGGCGACGGUUCCGGCGGCAACGGCGGCGGCUGGUCCCAGGUCGCGAGUCGCGGCGCCGCCCGACCUAGGCAGUGGGCCGCGGCGCCGGUCAUCGACGCCAAGGUCCCCGGUACUGGGUUCGUCGCGCUGCGGCGGCUCGGCGCGAGGAAGCAGGAUAGCAAGGGGGAGGUGCCCGCGGAGGAGUAG